AUGGCCAGUACUUUCCCAGAGCGCGUGUCUCGAAUGCUGGGACCCUACAGAACGCCGGUCAUUCUCACAUCAUGCGCCGCCCUGCUCAUCACACCAUUCGUCUGGAAGAAAUUCACCUAUACUCCUGAGCUGCUCCCUCCGAUACCCAAAGACUACCAGUACCGCCUCCAUCUCGUCGCCAAAGACGGCUCAUCCUCAUUCACGCUCCCCGACGGCAGAAAGAUCGGGUACGCACAGUAUGGGGAUCCAAAUGGCAAGCCAAUCAUCUCUCUGCACGGCAUCCUCGGCUCGAGACUCGAGAGCGCACUCCUCGAUGCCAACGCCAAAGAGCUUGGAGCGAGGAUCAUCGCCAUUGAGCGGCCGGGAAUUGGCUGGAGCGACCCAAGCCGGACACCGCUGAAAGAGAGGAGAGUGAUUGACCACGCCAAAGAUGUAGAGGCACUGGCUGAACAUCUUCAGGUGAAAGAGUACGCUGUACUCGGAACCUCGGCGGGGGGUCCUUAUGCCUUGGGCUGUGCACACUCCCUUCCGUCAUCCUCCUCAAAGCCGGCUCUCCGAGCUGUUGCCAUUUUGACAGGACUGGGCUUGCCGGAUAUGAGCCAGGCUUGGCCGCCAUUUGUGGUUUUCUUAAACAGGACUUUCGAUCUUCGAUGGGCUAUGAGGUGGAUAUUCACCAGAUCUGCUGCGUGGCAAAUGCAUCUCUCGGACGAGGAAAGAAUGGAAGGGUUGCGACGGGAAAUUGAUCUGAAGAAAACCCACCCGGCGGACGUCGAGACGACAAGACGUGCCGACUACCCAGAUUUGAUGCGCCUCUUCCUCUGCUCCGCUCGCGAAGCCGUGUCCCAAGGCUGGGAAGGCUUUUUGGAAGACAUUGCAGUCCUCUCCAAGGAUCCGGGCUUCCGCGUGGAGAACAUUCGUCCUGAUAUACCGAUACAACUGUGGUGCGGGACCGACGACACCAAUGUCUCACCCAAAGCGGGCGAGGAGACUGCGGAGCGGCUCAGAGCUGGUGGCAAUACGAAGGUGGAGCUGCAUAUGGAGGCAGGCCACACACACGGGAGUACGCAGGUGAAAUUCCAGAAAACCGUGCUCAAGGAUUUAUUGAGGGCUAUGGACUCCUAG